CUUCUGUGUCUGAUGUGACUCUCAGUUGGAUGUUUCCAGCAUGAUGUCCUCUCAUCUGUGUGCUCUGAUCUUGUUUGUGUUUUGUGGUGUGUUUGGUGAUACAGAUGUAAUGAAGUCAGUAUCAGUGACUGAGGGAGAUUCUGUCACUCUAAACACUGAUGUUACUGAAGUACAGAGAGAUGAUCAGAUAUUGUGGAUGUUUGGACCUCAAGAGAUUCGAACAGCUGAACUCUAUAAGCAGAGCAUUGAUAUGUUUAACAGUGAUGAGACAUUUGGAGACAGACUGCAGCUGGACUCUUUCACUGGAUCUCUGACCAUCAGAAACAUCAGAACCACAGACUCUGGUCUUUAUAAACGACAGAUCCGCAGCAACAAGGGGAACUCAGACAAGACAUUUAAUAUUACUGUCUAUGCUCAUCUGCCUGUUCCUGUCAUCACCAGUAACUCUUCAAACUGUCCUUCAUCAUCUGAAAGCUCAGCAGUGUACAAAUGUUCACUGCUGUGUUCAGUGGUAAAUGUGAGUCGUGUGACUCUCUCCUGGUACAAAGGAAACAGUUUAUUGUCCAGCAUCAGUGUGUCUGAUCUCAGCAUCAGUCUCUCACUGCCUCUGGAAGUGGAAUAUCAGGACAAAAACAUCUACAGCUGUGUGAUCAACAAUCCCAUCAGCAACCAGACUCAAUAUCUGGACAUCACUCAAUUCUGUUACACACGUGUAGGUAUGUGA